UGUAAAUGCAUUAAAAAUAGGGUGUGUUUAUUCACAUUCUGGGGGCAAGUCCUGGUGAGGGUCUGGAAUUCAAUUAAAACCACUGUGGAAGGCGUACUUCAAAGUGCACCAAUUACUUCCGGAGAACAGCAACAGCUCCCGGCAAUGUUUCUGUGGAUGUGAAGUGUUUCAUGUGUACAUUAGAGGUUUGCUUUAAAAAUGCAUGUGAACUUACGUGUUUGGAAGUGAUUUUCCGUUUACGUGGUAUUUAGUAAACAUUAAAUCAUACGCGUCGAACCAGGUGGUGUUUUGCUUUUAUAUUUUGACUUUUAACACGUCACGUAAGAAAAUUAAUUAGACGUGUGCUUCUGGUUGCUGAGACUGCCUCGUCAGCUGCAACACAAGCUCCUGGACUGGAUAACGCAGACAGAUUGCAAAGCGAAACAGCAACGCUUGGCACACGACAGUAAAGGAUGUCAAGAUCUCGAUCGCCGAGGCACAAGUACCGGUCCAUUUCAUCAUCUUAUGAAAGGAGUGAAGAACGACUCAAGGACAGGUCUUUCACUGACCGCAGCGAUGAUUUGGGGGAGUACAAGAAGGGCCCUGAAAAACAAGCAAGAUGGAGCAGACCGAAGGAUGAGGUCUGUGGACACAACUCCUCAAGAAUGCCCCCCCACAAUUUCGCCUACAAAAAGAAAAUCAAUUUCAGACCUCCUAGCCUAGAUGGUAGGAAAACUAAUUCGGAAUCCUUCUGCGAUUCCCCCCUCCAACGGCAAAAUCCUUUCCCAGUGGACCUCCAAGGAUCCACCGCCCAACGAAGGCGUACUUUCCCAGGAACUUUCCAUGGACCCAUCACUCACAGGAGACCUCCGUCCCCAGAACCUUUCCGUGGACCCAUCACGCACAGGAGACCUCCGUCCCCAGAGCCUUUCCGUGGACCCAUCACACACAGGAGACCUCCGUCCCCAGAACCUUUCCGUGGACCCAUCACACACAGGAGACCUCCGCCCCCAGAGCCUUUCCGUGGACCCACAACCAAAAGAAGAUACCCAUCUCCGGAACAAGAGAGGGUAAGAGGCCGCCCCGCUCCUCCCAGGUACCCAGAAGAGGGGCCCCCGAGGGAGUAUGAGAGGAUACACUUCCAGGAGCACAGACUGGCCAGAAGUAAGAGCCCCAGGAGAGAGAGCAAUAGAGGGAAGCCUUUCAGUCGCCCAGCACGGGGAAAAAACUGGCAGGACGGGAAAGAUUUUGCGCGGGAAGAGAGGUAUUCAGUCUCUCCUCCUCGAAGAGGCUUUGAAGAGUAUCACAGAAGGAGCUCCUAUGAAGAGAGGAACUGGAGCCAAGCUGUUCAGCCUGGGUAUCCUGCGGAACGAGGUUUCAGAAAGCACAGCCGCUCGGCAGAAAGAGCUCGAGAUACGGAACACUACGAGGAACGGGAAAUGUGCAGGAGUCCCAAAUGGAAACAGGACCGCUCCUCCACUCCCUUUGCCAAAGAGGGACCCAGACAACACCCUAGGCAGGGGGCAGGUUGUCCAGUUGACAGAGGACACAACCAAGAGGACAAGUCACCAGUGUUGCAGAUGGCAUUUAAGUACAGCCACAAACAUUCCAGGGGGGUACUGCCACAAACUCAUGAGAAGCCCAAAUGUAGAGAAAAGGAAGGCCAGGUGGGAAUCUCCAAGAGUAAAGAGGAGAAUCACUUCAGAAAUGGGAUGAAGAUGAGACCCCUGUUUGACGGACGACCGAAGCCAGCACCCUUAAAUCAAACUGGCAACACGAAGAGGCUCUACAAGAACCCUUCCAAGAAUGAGAAAGAUGAGGACCUUAGACCCCCGAUUGCAAAGCAGAGAAGACCCAACAAACUAAGAAGCGAUUCAGACUCUUCUCGGAUGCAGCCAGGAAAAUCCAUGGAAGACAGUAGCCUGAAAAGAGCAGAGUUCAAGAUUUCAGGUCCACAGAAGCCCUACAUACCAGACAACAGCAGAGGGGAGACUCUGACUAUCAAAGUGGACAUGAAGCGACCAAUGACCAAGUACAGCCCCAUCUGCCACUCCGAUAGGCAGCUGUCCCAGGAUUUGGUUGCUGUCGGCCAAAGAGGUUUGGACUUCCAUCCCGUGCCGAAGCACUCUGGCUCUUCCGAACGAAUGGUCCGUAACUCCCAAACAGGUGAUUUUGCCCAGGAAAUCAUCACUUUAGUGCACCAAGACUCUUGCUUUAUGGGUGGAAAUAUAACUUUAAACGACCGCUUCUCCAAACUUCAGGACUCCCGAACUGUGAUUCCAGGUGGAGCGAGAUUUCAUACAGGUCUAAAAAUUUCCAGACAAAUUGAUACACCUCUGUCAGAGGUGAAAAAGUUAAAACCAAACAAGAAGACUGGACCUUCACAGCAGGUCAGCGUUCGUCCCAGAAGUUUAUCUAUAAAACCUCCAUUUGUUCGGAAGAGACCAUUCGAGGACAAGACUGAAAACGGCAAACCCAUAAAAAAGCUUUUCAAGGCUAACUUUCCGCUCCACCCGCCAGUGCAGCAGAAACCUGUGUUUCUCAGGAGCAUUCAGUCCAAGUACAGGAAUUUACAAAGCAUUCGUCAAAAGGGACCUACCUUCAGAGGCAGCGGGUAUAGAAGAUGAAGAGAAACGGACAAAACAAAGCAACGCUACUGAAAGUCUGAAGGGUCCCCAGUAGCACACUUCUGUGAAGGCACAUUAAUGGAAAGGGGCUAUGUAACCCUUGCUGUGUGGGCUGUUGUCAUUUGUUUUUUGUUUUUGUUUUAGUGUUUUUGUUCUGUACCACUACGGCCUGAAGGAUUUAGUCUUUCAUCUUCUGAUCACAUUAUUUUAAUGCCCUAGUAAUGAAACCACCAAUUUGCCUUCCCUCCAUUGUGGUGAUUUUUUGUUUUCCAGACCUCCCCACACUCGGGUGGGGGGCGGGGGGGCUCAGCCAUGCUUUAAAACCCCCUGUGGACCACAAGACCAAAUCCUCCUGAAUCACUGUUGCAUUCUCCAGCAGACUUUUAACCUCGAGUUUGUUACUUGGGGCAAGCUGUUGUGCUCCUCAGUAUUAUGUUGUAAAUCGUUAACUGGAACCCCUGUUACUCUGAGCCAUGCAAUGUAUUGAAGUGCAUGGCAGUACUUGUGAAAUGCUUUUACAUUGGUCUCUCUGGUGUUUUCUCCUGUAAUGUUGGCUGACUUUGGAUGAAAUGUAACAUGGCAGAGUUAUCAAACAUUGAAACGAGGUGAGCCAUUGUUUUGUAUGGUACAGAUUAUCGUCAGCACGCAGAAGUGAUAUCAGUGUUAGCAAGAAUCUAUUGUAGUGUCGAUCCCAGUCAAAACAGAAUGUAAGUAAGAACAUUUAUACAGCAGUAAUGCAAAAAGAAACCGUGAUCAGGGAAGUAGAUAUUUCUUCAGAACAAAAAAAAAAAACUUUCUCAUGUGUUUGUGUUUUCAUUUAGUAUGACUAAAUAUUUUAUGACAUGAGUGUUACGGAUGAAAUAAGAAAACUGCCAAUAAAGAGAUUCCUUU